GUCCAGUCCUCAGAAGCUCUCAGAUCCUAGAAUCCUGAAGGAACAUUUUCAGAAGAAUUACAGCCAGCUUUUCUGGGGCCUCCCCUCUCUGCACAGCGAAUCUCUGGUGGCUAAUGCCUGGGUGUCUGAGAGAUCUUGUACUUUACAGUCUCCUCCUUUCUUGUUCAAUGGCAUUCCCAAUGUCCGCCCAGUUCAAACAGAGACUACAAUGUCUCCACUGCUUUUCCAGGGCCAGCACCUGUCCCAUCUGAGGCCUGAGUCCCAACCCUUUAUUUCACCCACACCCCAAUUCCAGCUGUCACCUAUGGCUCAGGCGCAGGCUCAGGCCCGUCUUCAAUCCUCUUUCCCAGUCCAAUCUCCUGCUUUUGCAUCCUCGAUUAAUAACUCUGGAGUAGCUUGCCCUGCGUCGCAGAAUAAGGCGCAAGCUCUCACCUUACCUGAAAUGCAGUGCCCUGAAUGGUCUUCUAAACAACUAGAAGGUGGGUUGGCUUUACCCUCUAGGGCCCAAAAACCUCAGGACGUCUUUAGCGCCUCCACUCCUAACCUUCCCCAGGACAGCUUGACAGCAAUCGUUCCUGAGAACUUUCCAGUCAGUCCUGAACUCCGGAGCAACCUGGGAAUGACCCAAGAGUCUCCGGAUCUGAUGCAGCCUCAGGAGAAAUUGCCAGGGACAAGUCAGGCCGGGGGCAAACUCAGAUCCUUGCAGUCCUCCAUGUCCACGGGCGAAAGCAGCAAGGACAUACAGAAGGUGACAUUCCAGCUAGAGAGGAAUCCGUGCACACCUCUGGGGCAAAUUCUGGGGCAGACCCCGCAAAAUCUAGCCAGGUGCAUGGAAAGCUUCCCAGGGAACGUUCUGGGGGCAGCCUCUGAGGGGUUGGAAAGAGGCUUGAAGAUGCCCUUGAGGAGAGACUCGGAAAGCGAUUUAUUAAGACGCACAGAGAAAAAUCGUAUAGAAAACACCCUGAAAGCCCACGUGGGCAUGAAGUUGGGGCAGAUCAAUGAGGGCUUGAUCCCCAUUUGUGUGCGUCAAUCCUGGCUUGCUGUCAACCAGGGUUUUUCUAUGUCCAACACCCACAUGAAUACCAGCAAUCUAGCACCCCUGAAAAGUGGGAGAGCCAGUGUGAACACAUCCCAGGAGCUUUCCUUCCUCCAUCCGUGCACUCAGCAGGCACUGGGACACCAUAUUGUGAGGUUUUGGGCCAAACACAAGUGGAGCCUACCCCUCAGGGUCCUCAGGCCCAUUAAGCUCUUUAAGCUGGAAAAAGUUUCAUCCUUAUCCCUGACACAGCUUGCUGGUUGCUCCUCAGCCACCUAUGAAUCUAAGUCUAGCUCAAAAGUUGAGAAAGCCGUAUUCCUAAGAGAGUCACCACCCGCAGAUCUGAGAAAGCAGGUGCUGACCAAAGCAUCCGUUCAGACGCCAGACAGUCUUCUGGUGUCUUCACCUACAUUUACACAGUUCCAGACGGCCCCACAAGGGAUCCCAUCUUGGAACCCCCAUGGGCCCUUGAAGCCUCCUCCAGCUGGACAGGAGGGCAGGUGGCCUGCUAAGCCCCUCACAUGCAGCCUCACAGGCAGCGCCCAGCAGAGCGGGAGCUUAGGAGCCCAAUCUUCAAGGACAGGAGAGACCAUGGAGGCAGCGCCACAACCCAGCGUUCCCUUGGGAACAUUUCUGCCGGCAAACCUCCAAGCCACACGUAAGGAUGUGAGUGGUUUAGAGGCUCCAGGGACCAGUAAAGGCUCUCAGCUCCCUAAAUCAGAGACCCAGUCUCAAGUUUGUGGCGCCGUUGUGCUCCUUCCAGAUGGUUUUACUGACAUUCCCCUUGCUACAGAGAGUUUAGCUUUUCAAGUGCCCCACGGCCGUCUCCAGAGCAUGCCUACCAGGAACAUGCGGGCUUCCCAGGAGCUACGUGACCUUAUGGCAGCCAGAAGGAGCAACCUGGGGCACAAGGAGCCCAAGAACCCGAAAUGUCAAGGCUCAUGCAAGAGCCAGAACCAGAUGUUUACCCCUACUCACAAGAGUGAGAACCCAAUGAAGCCCAACUUAGAAAAACGUGAAGAGAGGCUUGAAGAACUGAGGACUCCCCAGCGUACCCCAGCCACGAAAACAGAAGAAACCCGACAGGAUGAAGACCUCCAGCUGUUGCCGUCCAAGAAACAGCCUCCUUCGAUAAGCAACUUCGGAAAAGACAUCAAACAAUUUUUUCAGCGGGUCUUUUCAGUGAAAAAAAGCAAGCCAGCACCAGUCACUGCCAAGAGCCAGAAAACAGUGAAAAACAAAUCACAGGCGUACAGCAGCUGUGCUGAAGCUGAGGGGCUCAGGACAGCAGUCGGACAGAUGCUGGAGGAAAAAAUGACACUUUGCCGUGAGCAUCAUGCCUUGAUGGUCAAUCAGCACAAACAGGAGUUCCAAGCCCCAGUCUGUGGGUUGCCCUGCAGCCACAGGCACCUCUUCCACCCGGAACACAGCAGAACGCUGGGCUAUGCAGCCAGCAGUCAACAAGCCACUCUCAAGAGCCAGAGUUACCCCAACAGAGAGAGGCACAUCAGAGAUCAACAGCCCUUGAAAAGCGUCCGGUGCAACAAUGAGCAAUGGGGUCGGCGACAUCUCCAUCCCUUGCUCCCCAAGAAGGCUGUCUCCCCAGUCAGUGCCCCUCAGGGCGGACUGAAGACACCCGGUGCCUUCAGCCACCAUCCCCACUGUCCAAAGCACUGUCUUCUUUGGGAAGGUAUCUAAUCUGGUCAAUCACAAAUUAUUUUUUCAGCAUUUCCUAGAGAAAAACAAGUCACCAAGAAAAGAAAUCACUCUAUGUAAAGAAAAAAUAUUUUCUCUCAUGUUCUUACACCCAGAACAUUUAAUGUUCCACAAUAAAUAAAUAUCG